AUAAGUAAGGCUGUGUCUAGUACUUACACUACAAAAUUGUUGGAGAAAUUGGAAAAGCAACGAGAGAAACAGAUCGAGGAACGAAAAAGGCAUAAAAGGUUAAUGAAAGCGAGGGAAACGCCAGAGGAGAAGCAUUUAUGUCGUCUCAAAAAGAAGCAAGCCAAGGAAUGCAAACGUAAGGAGAGAAUGGGCUGGGAUAAUGACUAUUUAUACUAUACGGAUAAUCCAUUUGGGGAUGGCAACAUUCUCUCCAUCUUUGUAUGGUCAAAAAAAUUGAGGAAAGAAGGUUUGCUUGGUGUCGAUAGACAAGAAUUGGAGAUGCGUAACAGGUAGAAGCAGGAGGAGAAUAAGAGAGAAUUGGAGAAGGUCAAGAAGAGGAGGCAAGAGAGAGAAUUGGAGCGACAAGAGAGGAGGAAAUGAUCAUGUUGCAGAGAGGCAAGCUGGCUGCUCAAUUAGAGCAAUUGGCUCGGCAGGAAGAUCAAUUUCACCUCGAGCAAGCUAGAUUGAGAUCUUGCAAUUAGAAUUCAGGAUGGUUGUGCAAAACCUAUCGAUCUUCUUGCUAAAUACAUCAGCGAGGAGCAAGAGGUUGAUGCAGUAGAAAUACACGAGCCAUACAUGUACUUGCGAGGUUUACAAGUGAAAGAUCUGGAUCUUAUAGAGGAUAUAAAGGAAUUGGAGAAGGGCAACAAUUUGGAUUACUACGAUAUAACUAAAAUGAUAUAACGGUGAUUGUGGAAGAUGAAUUGCAUAAGCUUAGAAAACUGAAAAGAACGGAUUAUAAAGUUGCUGUUGGUAGAAGAGAAGGAAUUCAUGAUGAAUCAGUUGCCAAAGAUGUUAUGACUAUCUUUAAGGCAAAACUGCAACACAGGAAGCUUUACAGUUACAUAUUCAAGCAAAAAUUGGGAAAGCCAGAAGGCGUCGAUAUCGGAUACUGGAAAAGCUUAUUGUCGCAAUUGAAAGACACCUUGCGCCGAUAAUAAGGACUUUGUUAUUUUGCGAUUUCACGCGGCCCACCUUAUGAGGACAUCGCGUUCAAGAUCGUUAACCGGGAAUGGGAGUAUUCGUAUAAGCGCGGAUUCAGAUGUCAAUUUCACAACAACAUCUUUCAGCUAUGGUUUCAUUUUAAGAGAUAUAGAUAUCGCCGUUAAUGUAAAAUAUAUGUAUCAUUAUUUAAUAUUCUUAUAUCAUUUAAUUUUAGAUGAAAACUUCUGUAUAUAUUGUAUCUUCUUAAUUAUAACACGUACAACGCUACGAUCAGAUUUUUUAAUUUUGUAUUUAUAUAAAAAAAGAUAAAUAUGGAAAAGAUUGCUAGGAAUAUAGCGAGGAUGUUUUUUGCUUAAUGGAAGCGAUUAUACAUUAUUGUUUUAUGGCAGAGCGCGCGGUUCUCUUCGUGAUUUCUAUGUAUUUUUAUCGUUCGCUCGGGAAUGACUUUCUGCGCGAUGACGAGAACGCACACCCGAGCGCGAUGUAUAGCCGUUUUAAACGGUGGUUGUUGGAUCGAUUUUCUUUCUGCCACCUGUAUACUGUCACACAGUCGACUGCACACUCAUACGUAUAGAAAAGUAAAAGCCGUGCAAAUGCUAAUGGCAAGGUAAAGCCUCGCCUCGCAGUACGCCGCGUAAUUCGACAGCGAGGAGCUGCGCGUCAACGGAGGAAUUUGUGACUUCCGCUUUAUGUUCACGCACAAUUAGAAUACAUGAUCGGUACUUGGUGCGUGGAUGAUAACGCGAACAUUGUUCACAUAUCCGUGUGUGCGAUAAAACAAAAAAAGAACGUUCUUGCAUUUAUAACGCGAGUGGUGUAAAAUAAUUAAUUACUUCAAUGUUAAAUUAAUUAUAAUUAUUAAUAUGGAUUAUUGUGUCAUUUCGAUAAAUUUUAGAAAUUGUAAUACGAAAACGCAUGCUUAUCGCCCGUGUUCAUCGGAUGGAAAAAUACUAUACAUUUGUGACGUCAAGUCCAUCGUGUAAUUCAGAUUCGAAGAGAAAUGACACUCGUUUGCGUGGAGAAGCGAAAGAUCGUUCGAGCAGAAUUUAGCGGGCAUCGUUUUGGGAAAUGUUUUCUUUCCAACGCAAAAGCUUUCUGAAACAUAGGUUGCUGAUGAGAUAAAUUCUGUGAUAAAAUAAAUGACUUCUGAACGAUGAAAUUAAAAGGGACAUUGAUUAAUAAAUUCUUUAAUUGGUUUUAUCAGUCAUAAAUCAAUGUAAAAGUGUUGGUAAAAUUCGAUGGAGAAGAAAAUUUGUCGUGACGGGAAAUGUGAUAAUGCUCGCUUUGCGACACGAACAGCGUGCGAAUAACUCUGACAUCUGCGAUUUGUAAGAUCACAUAAUCAAUAAAAUGAAGUGGAAGAAAGGACCAUGCGAGUUUCUGUCGGAGAAAACGUUUCUUAUAAUAAAAGAUGAUUUGAAAGGUGCAAUCAAGAGAACGGACGGGAGGAUAACUGCGAGAAAUGCAGCGGACACCGGCACCUGGCCGCCCAAGAUGAAGCGCGUGAACGCGGAAGAACCGGAGAGGCCUAAGACGGCAAAUCUCUCGCGGCCGAACGUGCUGGAUCCCGCGCUUGUGGACAAGCUCGAUAUGUCACUGCUCAGUAAGGAGUUGCUGUGCGACUCAAUGUCGCGGUUCCAUCAACCGGCCGCGAACAUCGACAACUCGAUCAGCAGGGACACGACGACGUCAUCUUCAUCGUCGUUAUCAUCGUUGUUACUUGUGCCAUCGUCGCCAUCGGCGACACGACGCCGCAGGAGCGCCGCCGCCGUCGCUGCCACGACCACCACUUGGUUGUCCCACACCGAAGACGUUCCUCCAGUGACGCGUCAUCAGCGACGGAGUUUCGAGCAGAUUCGCGAACCACGGAUCGUGACAGAUUAUCAGAUGGAGGAGAUCGACCGAUUAAGAUCGCCUACUGGAAACCAAAAGAUUACGUUACCCAUAGGCACCGUGGCACAGAACCCCGAUGUCAAGAAACUCGACGAUAAUAAUAAUAGAAACGGCUCUCUCAAAGUGCUAUCCACGGUGAAGAAGAAGAAGAACUCGCGGGCUGGUCUGCCAAGUGAUCUGGAAAUCUUCACCGCCGCCGCGUCGUCGAUGAAAAGUGCUCCGGAACCCUGCAAGACUUGCGGACGUCCGGAUCAGCCGGAGAGAUUUCACAGUCAUCCGAAGGGAAGUCAGGCCAAGAUCAAAAACAUCCCAACAUCGACGUCGACGAUGAAGGCAAAGUUUGCAGUACCGUCGGUGCCUAAGUCUAUCCAGAAGCCGGUAGCGUUGAACUUUCGCAGCGAUCGGAACAGAAACAAGCCUGAUGGGGUCGAGACGAAACCGGCCGCUUCUCAGGAUUGUCCUUCCCAGGAUUCGAGCCAGCAAGUCAAAUCGUCGUCCGCAUCGAUGAAACGGGGUCCCAAGACGGUCACGUGCUACAUCUGCGAUCGGGAAUUCGGCACCGCCAGUUUCCCCAUACACGUACCCAAGUGCAUGGAGAAGUGGGAACGCGAGAAUAAUUCACUGCCUCCGUCUCAAAGACGACCCAGACCACAAAGAUCUGUGGUCGGUGUCGAACACAGCGAUUGGAAUGCAUCCGCAUGGGAACAGAGUCAGCAGCAAUUAGUUCCAUGCGCAAAGUGCGGAAGAACAUUUUUACCAGAACGCCUGCCGAUCCAUGAGAGAAGUUGCAAGGCUGCUCCAAAGAACAACGAACGAUUGGCCACACCGGCGAACGGGCGCAAUCUUAUGCCACCAACUGUUCCUUGUCGGGUUUGUGGGCGAAAUUUCGGCACCAGAAGCAUUAAGAUCCAUGAGCCUCAGUGCAGUAGACGAUGGCAGCAAAUGCAAAACGAUUUGGCGAACGAGCAGAAAGAUCAGCUGACCCUUCAGAGCCAAAAAUCAGCCAAAAACCAGGAAGAUUCACCAUCGAUGUAUCCGGAUUUAUCGCAAAAAAGGACCAUCACAUGUUACAUUUGUGGUAGAGAUUUCGGAUCCUCCAGUAUCGCCAUUCACGAGCCGCAAUGCUUGAAGAAAUGGCACGUCGAGAAUGACAAACUGUCACCCGCCCGAAGAAGAAAAGAGCCGCAAAAACCUGAUGUCAUAUACACACAUACGAUACAAUCGGCAAUGACAACUUUACUGUUCGCAGAAGAUUCCCGCACGGGAAACAUGGUAGUUGAUCAGGCGGCUACGGCAGAGGCCAAUUGGAUGACGCAUUUGAGCCAGCUGGUGCCGUGUAAGCGUUGUGGAAGAACCUUUAAUCCAGAUCGAGUGAACAUUCACGAGAAUAGCUGUAAAGGAAAUCGUUGA